AUGAACCUGAUUUACACCAACACGGGUUAGCUGUUACGCAAGCAGUUACGUGGUCUAGCUCCUGUGUCGGCCAUAGCGUUCAUGUCGAAAACCGAGAAGCCAUCGAGAAAAUCAGAACUGGACCGUGGCCCGAUCCUAUAUUACCGUUACAUUGACACUGCCUUAUCAUGAGGAUUGCCUCGUUGA